AUGGCUGGGGGGGCCCCCCUGGCUGCAGGGGGGCCCCCCGGGGGGCCCCCCGGGGGGCCCCCCGAGGCCUCCAGGGAGGCCCUGGAAAGCAGCAAAGCUGUUGAGGGUUUUCUGAAAAGGUACUUCCGGCAGCUAAGCCUCGAAGAGUUUGCUGCUUUUCAAAAAGAAAGUCAAUUAAUUUUAAAAGAUAAACCCUUGUGGCUCAUAACUCCGAGACAAACCGCCAAAAGAGAACUGCCCCUGCAGGCCCACAUGAGGGCCCCCCUCCAGCGCGCACUCUACAGGGUCUUCACGCGGCACCAGGAGUACCCGCAAAUCGCGUGGCAAAUGCUGCAUCUUAUUCUAGAGCGCGUUGAAAACGAAGAGCUUAAAAAAACUUUUGGCAUUCCGGGGGGCUUUAAUGGUCCUUUUUAUUUGUUAGUUAUUCACUUGUGGCUGCUGCACUGCCGGCUGAUGCAGAGCAGCAAAAGUCGCAAGGCCGAGUUCUUUCAAAACCCCCUACUCAGCAGCAGCAGCAGCAGCAGCAGCAGCAGCAGCAGCAGCAGCAGCAGCAAAGUUAAGGCCUGGCUGGAGUCUUUGCUGCCCCCCAAAGUCACCCCAGUUGCCCCUGAGGAUUUCAAGGCGGUUUUGAGCCGUGGGGUGUACGUACACCGCAUGGCCCAGUACGCGCAGCCCCAAACCCUAAACCCUAAACAAGUGUCUGCUGCAGCAGCAGCAGCAGCAAUACCAGCAGCAGCAGCAGCAGCAGCAAAACCAGCAGCAGCAGCAGCAGCAGCAGCAGCAGAUGACGCGGCUGCCUCCGCCUCUGCUUCCUUUUCCCCCAUGCAGCCUACCCAUGGGGGGGCCCCUCUGGGGGCCCCCGUAACGUCUCAGGGGGCCCCCCCGGGGGCCCCCCUGGGGGGCCCCCCCAGUUUGGCUGAGGGUUUGGGUUUGGCAAUUAGGGUUUCGGCUUUGAGGGCUGAAGUGGCUGGGGAAAUAAUAAAUGAGUUUUUAUUUAAACAAUCUUGGGAGUUGGUUAGAGACUGGCUGAAACUGAAGAAGCUCAUGGUCUCUCUGGACCAGGCGAUGGCGGAGGGCGAAAUUUGCCCGGCCCGAAUAAAGGAGGCUCUUUGGGGAAAUGUCUACGCGGGUUCUCUCUCCUUUGCAGACCCUCGACUUUCUCUCUUCACUAAAUAUUUAAUUCGACAACUUCUCCACAUUUUGCAAAUUUCCGAACAACACUUUUUGCAAGCCAAGUUCACCUGGGCUGACUUCCCAUUGUCUCCAAACUACUUGGGGCCCCCCCUGCUGCCUCCUUUGUCCCUUCCUGUUUGCUACGGAGGGUACAGGCCGGGGGGCCCCCCUGGGGGCCCCCCUGGGGGCCCCCCUGGGGGCCCCCCUGGGGUCCCCCCAGGGGUCCCCCCGGGGGGCCCCCCGGGGGGGGCCCUGGGGGCCCCCCCCGAAGAAAGGGUACUAGACGCGGGGGCCCCCCGAGCUAGAUUCGUCCCUCAGUAA